UGUGCGUGUGUGAAGACCGUUUUUGCUUAACGAAGCACGAUUUUAAAAUGCACGCGAACCUUGUCUUCUAUUCGCACACACAUGUCCACUAAAGAAACCUGCUGACGCGUGAAGCGGCAAUCUGUUUGUGACAAGUCCACGACGUUCGUUCAGCUCCUUAAAAACCAAUUUAUUAUUAUUUCUCCACGGCUGACUGGACACGCAGUUCAGCUGCGGAAGCGUAGAUGGUUGCAGUCCGGUCUAGAAACCGUAACGGUACAGGAAGGGGUUGGCUCAAGACCGCGGAGCCGUGCGUGGCCAGCAACGGCGGACGAAUCUGGAGGAAUAGAUCCGGGGUGGGGAAAGGAAAGAAAGAACAAAAGGAGAGAGGCGGCCCGCUCUUCCACUCGUGUGUUCGCUUAUGUAUCUUCUCGUUUAGUCCCCUGAGUUACUUUAAACGUCGAAAGUGCGUCGCGAAGUACUUGCAGAAAUCGCGACCCUUGAGAUUUAAGUCCACCCAACCCCGGAUGGUCUGAGCUGGCUCACCGGGAGCCCGACCGGAGUGAAGACGGCCGCAGCUCGGGGUCAUUUCUCUUUCCCGGGGCACUGCAGCCGUUAACUCUUGCACACCCACAGGAAUCAUUUUGUUCAAGCAGGUUAAAGAUGAUGAGAGAAGAGGAGAACCUGGUAAAAAAGGAGGAAAUUAUGUCAGAGGAGGAAGAGGUGAAAGAGGAGGAAAUAUUCACAGUUAUAGCGGAUGAAGAACACCUGGUGAAAGAAGAGAGAAUAUUUGAGGAGGAGGAAGAUGAGGAGGAAGAAGAAGAAGAUGAUGAGGAUAGUCUGGUGAAAAUAGAGGUGAUUCUCCCAGAGGAUGAAGAAAAUCUAGUAAAAGAAGAGGUACUUCUUCCAGAAGAAACUUCCCUUCUGGAAGAAUAUGAAAUCAAUGUUUUUCAAAUCCAAGGGGAUGAGAUACCCUGUGACAGUGAUCUCGGUCCUGAGAUCUCAGGUUAUAUUCCAAGAAAGAGACAUUGUAAAACCAUGCCACGGGCAGGAACUGUUGGAGAACCCAACCAAGCCACAGCCCGGAAGGGUGGAAGAAUCUAUAAGUGCCCUGACUGUGGAAAAAUAUUUAAGCGCUGUUCACCACUUAUCAGACACCGAAGAACCCAUACUGGAGAGAAACCUUACGUUUGCCGUGAAUGCUUGAAACGUUUCAGUGACAGCUCAGCCCUUGUGAAGCACCAAAGAAUCCAUGCAGGAGAGAAACCUUAUACAUGUCCUGAGUGCGGUAAGAGCUUUUCCCAAAGCUCAACCCUGAUUGCACAUCAGAGAAUACAUACUGGAGAGAAACCAUAUAAAUGCCCUGACUGUGGGAAGAGUUUUAGCGUGAGCUCUAACCUUGUUGCUCAUCAAAGAAUCCACACAGGAGAAAAACCUUUUGGGUGCCCUGUCUGUUUAAAAGGUUUUCUGGUCAGCUCCCAUCUUAUCAGACACUUGAGAAUACAUACUGCAGAGAAACCUUAUAUUUGUAGAGAAUGUGGAGAAUGCUUUACCCAAAGCUCUCACCUUGUUGUUCACAAGAGAAUCCACACGGGAGAAAAACCCUAUCUGUGUUCUGAGUGUGGGAAAAAUUACCGUGGGAUCUCCGAUCUGAUUCAGCAUCAAAGGAUUCACACAGGAGAGAAGCCCUACAAAUGCACAGAGUGCGGCAAGUGCUUCAGCCAAAGCUCAUGUCUCAAGAAGCACCAGCGAAUCCACACAGGCGAGAAACCUUACAUGUGCCUCAGGUGUGGGAAGAGAUUUAACCGGAAUUCACAUCUGACUAGGCAUCAAAAAACCCAUGUUGGCUAAUUUUUAAAGAUGAGUUCUCAGCAAAUUCCUCUCGCUUGCAGCCCCCGAAGAAGUAACUAUGGAUGUCUCAAACAGUGAUCUAUUCCUUAUCUCCUUUUGUCCAAAUCCCUUGAACUUAUCCUGCAAGAGUAUAAAAAGAUUUGGCUAUGUUACCAGGAUGCCUUUGCAAUGUUUUCUUCUCUGGCACUGGUUAAGAUCUUCUUUCUAGAUUCCCUCCUUUCCAUCCAAGAUUCUAAUAGGAUCCUUAGAAUCUUCCCUGGAAUAUCCAUACUUUUCCUUGUUAUGAUUUUGAAAAUGACAUCCCAUUUCAAACACCUCCAGGCAUAACAGCCCUUACUUUUUCCCCGGAUUGUGAGAAUAUCUUAACCUUCUACUAUCCCUCAGGUUUCAACAGUGAAAGAAUUGAAAGCUGUGAAAGGUUGUGUUGAUAGCAGUGGAGGAGAAACAAUUAGCACUCUUACCAAACCCUGUGAUGACAUCAACCUCUUUUAUUUGUAAUGCAGUAGCACAUGAAAACCGCAUAUAUUAUUACAUGAAAUUGACAUACAUCCUCCAGUGGACUGCUUCAUGGUUUCAUGCUGCUACCGUUUAAAGCCAAUGGAAAUCUGCAUGUGAGGAAAACCUGCUUUACUUUGUCCAUUAUGGGGUUUGUUGUAAGGCAAAGAAGUGGUCAGGAUUUAGUGUACUUCCUUGACCCAAUGACAUACCUUUAUUUUUUUAAUAGUAGACUAUAGAAACUUCACUGCUUGGAAUCUGAGAUAUAAACUUGAUCAUCCUAUGCUUGGUGACUCUUCAUUGUGGCUGUUCCCAAAGCUGGCAGGUGGGUGGGGGGUGGGGAAGGUCAUAGAAUACUUGCUGAGAGCACAUUCUUGUAUGCAGCAGACCCUAGAUUUAAUCCCUUCAGCUUAAAACAUCUUGGGUAACAUGAGGGGGAAAGACUGUUGCUAUAGAACAGUACUGAUAAUUGGAAUAAAAAGUGCUGGGUGAAACAGCUGAACGAUCUGAGCUCCGGUUCUUGGCAUCUGUCUCCACGGAUGUCAUGUUACACCCUAAGAAGCACAAAAAGCAGAUGGCCCUCCUUGGUAUUCUGAAGGACGAUCUGGCCUCUUAUGUAGCCUGGUCACUACCAUGCAUUUGUAGGCUUGUAGUGACAAUAUCAGAGGUUUAAAUUAUCAAUGCAAUUUUUUUACUUUUUAGUGGAGUUUAUUAAACAUUUUGGAGUAGAUUUCUCUGUCAAGUGACGAUAAGAUAGUGGCUAUAGGUUUCAGUGAUACCACUGAGAUUCUUGCUUGGUGGCCUUUGGCAAGUAUUUUCUUGGUGUAAGUCAACCCUGUGAAAUUUGCAGUAUGGGGAUUAUAGCCCUUAUUUGCUUAUAAAAUUGU